UUAUGCUCUUACUUUCAAUAGUGCAUUCAUAAAUAUAUGAUUGCCAAAUUCAACAAGGAGAAUGUUCAGAUAACUAUGAUCCAGUUUGUGGGUUAAAUAUUUCUAAUUCAUCAAUCUAAACAUUUGUUAAUAAUUGUUUUGCUUGUAAAGCAAGUUAAGUGGUGAAAUAUAUAAAAGGCGAUUGUUAAAAGAAACAAGAUGAUACUAAAAUAGACGUACCAUAGACUUCUGCUGGUGUAGAUAAAAAUCCUCCUAAACCUACUUCUGGAAAUUAUACUCAAACUAUAUCUUGUACAAACCCUCGACCCAGUAUAUGUGAUACUAGGUAAAUAUCAUUUAGAACUUUAUAGUAUAAAAUCUAUAUGCGGACUCUUUGAUUCUACUACUAAAUGUACUGGAUAAAAUUGUUUACAGUAAUUCACGAAUGAAUGUUUGGCUUGCAGAAAUACUUCAAUUCAUAGUUACUUUUUUGGAAAUUGCUCUGAAUAUAAGUAUUGAAAUAAAUUAAUAAUUUAAGACCUUAAAGUCCUACUAUAAUUUAAUGUAAUUCACAAUCAUCAAACAACUGUGAAUUGAAAGAACAACUUACUGUUUGUGGUUUUUUAGAUGAAACUGCUAUAUGUUAAAAUCCACCUUGUUUAUAACCAUUCGAUAAUAAAUGUGAACCAUGUUAAUAAUCUAAUAUUACAUCAUAUUUUGUUGGUGAUUGUAAUCAAUAUUAAGAAUUGUUUUACAAUGCUGAAUAGAAAUCAGAUUCUUUUGUGGCCAAUUAUUAAUAUUGUCAAGCUUAAAGACCUUCAGAAUGUGAUUAAGAAUAUGUUCAAACUUGUGGUAUCUUAAAGUCUUGUAAUGGUAAUGGAUGCGAAAGAAACUAUGAUAAUUCUUGCAGUGCUUGUCAAAAUAGUGAUAUUGAAGGAUAUUAUACUGGAGAAUGUUUAAAUAACUAUAUGAAACUAAUCUCAAUAAUGUUUAUUAUUGCUUUGUUAAUAUAAUGA